AGCCGGAUAGGACGUAUUCAAAGCUGAAACGAGAGGCAACACUGAAUACCUUGCAGCUGCAAUAAUGCACAUUUCUGCUGAGGUCAGUUCGACCACCUCAAAUCAAAUACAGCAGCAGCAGCAGCAGCAUCAACAGCUUCACCAACAGUUACACCAACAACAACAGCAACAGCAGCAGCAGCAGCAACAGCAACACCAACAGCAAACGACUCCAACAGCAACAACCACAACGGGCAGCACCACGAAGCGGCGCAAUGCAGAGUCUUCCUCCAAUAAUAACAACAACAACAAUAGUACCACAAACAACAACAACAACAACAACAAUAAUAGCAGUAAUAAUAAUGCCAAGACAAAACCCGUGGAUACCAGUCCAUAUCUGACACCAGAGAAUCUCAUCGAGCGCACCGUCGACGUCCUGCUCGCCGAGCAUCCCGGCGAGCUGGUCAAGACGGGCUCACCCCAUGUGGUCUGCACCACAUUGCCCACGCAUUGGCGUUCAAACAAAACGCUGCCGAUUGCCUUCAAGGUGCUGGCCUUGGGCGAGGUCAUGGACGGCACCAUAGUCACCAUUCGGGCGGGCAACGAUGAGAAUUUCUGUGGUGAGCUGCGCAACUGUACGGCGGUCAUGAAGAAUCAGGUGGCCAAGUUCAAUGAUCUGCGAUUUGUGGGCAGGAGCGGCAGAGGCAAAAGCUUUACGCUGACAAUUGUCAUCUCAACGAAUCCCAUACAGAUAGCCACAUACACGAAGGCCAUCAAAGUGACCGUGGAUGGACCACGGGAGCCACGCUCCAAGGUGCGCCAUCAGGGCUUCCAUCCGUUUGCCUUUGGGCCGCAGCGCUUCGGACCGGAUCCACUUAUGGCCGGAUUGCCCUUCAAGUUGCCAGGUUUCGCCCAUCAUUUGGUGGGCAUGCACAGUCAUCUGCAUGCGCCCGACUGGCGCGCCCACAUGGCGCUGGGUGGACGUUCGGCGGGCUUUCCAGCAGGCCCAUUCUUUGGCCAUCAUGCAGCAUUUCCGGCAGCCAGCGGCUUGAGAGGAUUGAGCGAUGGCCAGCAGCAGCAGCAGCACCAGCAGCACCAGCAGCAACAGCAAUUGGCGACAGUGGGUGCGGCACAUAGCACCACCAGUCCGGAGGGAUCGCCCACCACAACGACCAGUGGCACGUUGAGUGCGUUUGUUCAGCCACCGAUCCACUGUCCGCUUGGCUCGCCGCGAUCCCCACCCACGAUGCUCACCUCGCUGCAGCACGACAAUAACAACAACAGCAGCAACAUCGAUGCGGGCUUCGAGAGCGACAGCAUUUCGGUGACGGGUUCGCCUCGGAAGAGCAUCAGCUCGCCGCUCACGCACGACGAAGAGGAAGCUGAAGCUGAAGCGGAGGCAGAGGCAGAAGCGGAACCAGACGGAGAGGCAGAAGCGGAAGCGGAAGCGGAACCGGGCACACAGCUGAGUGGCAGCGAUGCCAGAAGUCUGGGUACGAUCAGUGGACGAGUUGCCGGAUCACUCACCGAGAGCGCACCUGGUUCGGGUGGCGCAUUCACGGCGCUCAUUCAGCGCAGCAAGAAUCCAUCGGAGCUCUUUGGUGGCUUUGCGGCAGCGGGCGGCAAUCACUUUGCCCCAUCGCACAGCUUCAAUCCGGCCCUGGCCGCCCAGCUCUUCCUGCAGAGCCCGCUCCUGCCGCAGUCCAGCCAGUGGCUGUACACCCAGCUCUAUGGCAGCUACAGCGAUCUGCCCUGGCUAAGGAGCGCUGCAGCAGCGGCAGCGGCCAGUGCGGCACCUGCUCAGGCCCAGGCGCAGGCCCAAGCGCAGGCACAGUCCCAGCAGCAGCAGCAGCAGGACUCAGCGACUUCGUUGAUGAGUGGCGGCGGCGAUCAUGACGGUGUCAACCUGAUCAAGCGAUGUGUCACACUGAUCACGCACAAUCCACCGGAUGCGGAGAAUGCUAAUCCGAACGCCUCGCCGCCGGUCAGCUCCACACGCCGUUCGCCCUCGCCCGUGGAGACCAUCGACCUGGACGAUGUCAGCACCACAUCUCGCUCGGCCAGCGGUUCCGCUUCCGGUUCUGGGUCCAGUGGCGGCGGCGGCGGCGGCCCCAUAAGGACGCGCACACCCAAGCCGUCGGCGGAUGUGUGGCGCCCCUACUAGCGGCUGGCGGCCGCCUUGCUGGGCACUUGCCUGGCGGCGCAUGGACAGAGCGAGCACGGCAUCGAUGGGAAGAUCAGACCCAAGGCAAACGGAGAGAAAGAUUGAGAUUAUGAGAGACAGAGAGAACAGAGAGAUACAGAGAGAUAGAGAGAGAUAGAGAGAGAAUUGCGGUUGUGGUGUUGUGUGAAUAGUCGCCAUAUCGCAGCUGGCGAGGGUUGCUCCAUGGAAUUGUGCUGUUUGUGGAUUUCUAUAACUAUAUAAAUAUAUGCAAAAUUCAUGCCAUUUGUUAUUAAAAUGAUCUGUUCAAUGAGUGAAACAUAAUGCCAUAAGGUCCGACGAGAAAAUCGAUAUGCCGGCAAGAUCAUAAAGAUCAGCCAAGAACUCACUUCACAGUUCUAUGUAGCAAGAAAUCCAGUUUGAAUAGAAAUGUACCAGCGAGCGAAGGCAAUGAAAAUAUUAAAAACAUUUUUCAGCCGCAUUUAAACCAUAAAUAUUCAGGCAUCAAUUCAUUGAGCAACCCUCGCACUAUGUAAUGUUUUUUGUGUGUUAUUUUUUUGUUUUUUUUUUUGGUCAACCCCUAGUCUAAGC